UCCAGGGGCGGCCCACCAAUCCGACUCUGCGCACACUGGGCGCGUCGCGGGCUCGGAUCUUCCCCCGCGCACCAGGCUGCCGACCCUCAGUGCGUGCUAUGGCGCUCCCUGGGGUCCGGGCUGGUGCCGGGGCAGCAGCGACCAAAAUGGUCCAAAUGCGCUGCCGCGUGGAUGGCUCGGAAAGAUCUCAGAGUCCUGGGCCCGGGACCCAGCGCGCGGUGGUUUACGUCCACUGGCCCUACUGUGAGAAGCGCUGCAGCUACUGCAAAUUCAACAAGUACAUAUCCCGCGGCGUGGAGGAGGCUGCCAUGCGGAGCUGCCUGGUGACUGAGGUUCAGACGCUGCUGCAGCUUAGCGGGGUGCGGCGGGUGGAGUCUGUGUUCUUUGGUGGGGGCACCCCUAGUCUAGCCAGUCCCCACACUGUGGCUGCUGUCCUGGAGGCAGUGGCCCAAGCAACCUACCUGCCUACACACUCCGAAGUCACAUUAGAGGCCAACCCCACUUCGGCCCCAGGUUCCAGGCUGGCAGCAUUCCGGGCAGCAGGAGUCAACAGGUUGUCCAUUGGCCUCCAGUCCCUGGAUGACACUGAGCUCCAUAUGCUGGAGCGGACACACUCGGCCAGCGAUGCUCUGCAGACACUGGCAGAGGCCCGGAGCCUCUUUCCUGGGCGCAUAUCUGUGGACCUGAUGCUGGGGCUACCAACACAGCAGGUGGGGCCGUGGCUUGGGCAGCUCCAGGAACUGCUGUGUCACUGUGAUGACCACAUCUCCCUCUAUCAGCUGUCCCUGGAGCGGGGCACUGCCCUCUUCGCCCAGGUGCAGCAGGGUACCCUUCCUGCCCCUGACCCCGAGCUUGCUGCUGAGAUGUACCAGGAGGGCCGGGCAAUCCUUCGGGAGGCUGGCUUCCGCCAGUACGAGGUCUCCAAUUUUGCCCGGAAUGGGGCACUUAGUACCCACAAUUGGACUUACUGGCAGUGUGGUCAGUAUCUUGGCAUUGGGCCUGGGGCCCAUGGGCGAUUUAUGCCCCAGGGGGCCGGGCGCUACAUCCGGGAGGCUCGGAUCCAGACCCUGGAGCCUAACAACUGGAUGAAAGAGGUGAUGCUGUUUGGUCAUGGCACCCGGAAGCACACCCCCCUGGGCGAGCUGGAGCUGCUGGAGGAAGUUUUGGCAAUGGGGCUGCGCACAGACGUGGGGAUUACUCACCAGCACUGGCAGCAGUUUGAGCCCCAGCUGACCCUCUGGGAUGUGUUUGGAGCAAGCAAGGAGGUGGACAUGCUACUGGAGCAGGGCCUGUUGCUGCUGGAUCACAGGGGUCUUCGGUGUUCCUGGGAGGGACUGGCUGUCCUAGAUUCUCUGUUGCUGACCCUUCUACCUCGACUCCAAGAGGCCUGGCAGCAGAGAACCUCCUCAUCUGUGCCAGGAAGAUGACCAGAUGUUUCCGUAUCCCAGGACACGAUGCCAGGUCAUGGAGAGAAGACAGACAUCUACAAACCAGGAAGCAGACUCUCACCAGAUACUGAAUCUGCUGGCACCUAGAUCUUGGACUUCCCAGCUUCCAGAACUGUAAGAAAUAAAUGUUUGUUGUUUAA